AUGAGCACACCCGACUUCCCGCGGCAGCAUUUAACGACCCUGCCAACCAUCAUCAAAUUCCUCCCAGAUGAUGCAGCCGAUCCACGAAACUGGCCAGCAUGGAGGAAAUGGUCAGUUGUCGCCAGCAUAACUCUGGUCGAUCUCACGGUUUCGUUCGGAGCAUCAGGCUACUCACCAGCCACUUCAAAGUUCACCAAAGACUUUGACGUGAGCCCUGAGAUCGGCACGCUGGGACUGUCGCUCUAUGUUCUCGGUCUGGCUCUUGGUCCCAUGUCGCUCGCUCCAUUGUCAGAGUACUAUGGACGGACACCGUUGUAUGUCAUCCCAUAUGGCAUAUUCUUGCUAUUCCUGGCGGGCACUGCUGCUGUGCAAAAUGUCGGCGGGUUCCUGGUCUUGCGAAUCCUCUCGGGCCUCUUUGCCAGCGUAACGAUAGCAAACUUCGGAGGAACCAUCGCAGACAUGUGGCCGCGUGAGCAAGUCGGCCCAGCAAUGUUUGCUUUUCUCUGGGCGGCAGUAUGUGGAAGUCCCAUGGGAUAUUUCUUGAUGUCGUUUGUGGCGCAAGAUCAUGGCUGGAGAACGGUGAUGUGGGCGAUCCUGGGCAUUUGCGGAGGAAUGUGGCUGCAGAUGGUAGUUGUGCUGGUGCUAUUUGGUAAUGAGACGAGGCAUUCUGUUCUGUUGAGAAGGAGGGCCCAGCGGAUGAACGAGGAGGAGAACGUGGACACUUAUACCGUGACUGAAGAGAUGAGAGCGACCGGUGUCCGUCAGCUGUUCGCAACGACGCUUUCUCGGCCCUUUCGAUUCCUUGCAACAGAGUCGAUCGUUGUGUUCGGCGCACUUUACAACGGCUUCUUGUACGGCUUGUCCUUUCUCUUCAAUGGCGCUUUCAACCUCGUGUUCGGAGAGAAAGGCCAUGGCUUUGAUACGAGAGGUGUUGGACUCACCUUCCUGGGACUCAUGAUUGGCAUCUCUUUGGGCCCUUUAGCGAACAUCUGGCAGGAGCGGCAUUACCAGCAGCAAAUCCAGGAGCCUGCCGAUUCUGAUGAUGAGCAGCUGGCCAACGCUCCAAAGGUCAAAUACAAGCCGGAAGCUCGCGUGCAGAUUGGCAAACUUGCGGCAGUGCUGCUUCCCAUCAGUCUUUUCUGGUUCGCAUGGACUUCGCCACCGGAGUAUGGUAUCCACUGGAUCGUUCCUGUCCUUGCCACGGUCAUGUUCGGCUUUUCCUUCUACACCUUGAUCCUCAUGACUUACUUGUACACCGAGGAGGCAUACCUGGUGUAUUCUGCGAGCGCGCUGGCAGGUAUCGGUCUUUCGAGAAACAUCUUCGGCUGUGUUUUUCCUUUGUUCGGUACUCAGAUGUUCGAGGGUUUGGGGUACAAUUGGGCGGGCACGAUUCUUGCCAUUGUUGCAUGCCUUCUUGUGCCCAUUCCGUUCAUUCUGGAGAGAUAUGGGCCGUCGCUGCGGGAGAAGAGUCCAUAUGCUCGUCAGCAUAUGAAGGGUGAUGAGGAUGACGAAGAAACUUGA